UCAGGAUGCCUGCACAGUGGUAAGUUCUGGUGAAAGGCGAGAGCAGCUCUCAUUGUCAUUCUUAGCUGGACAGGAGUCUCCCGGUGGAGGCCUGCUUGAAUCCCACCCAGAAUUUCCUUUCUAGAACUUUUGGGGAAGAGGAAGAGAAGCAGGACCAUCAGUGAAGUGGACCUGCGGAGCUUUCAAAGCCACCUUAGAACUCCAGCCCCGCCUUGGCUUCAGUUCUGGCCGCCCCUAUGAAUGAAAUUGCUAAGUGGGUAGGCCGGGUGUAUGAUUUUAAGGAGAAUGAACCCUAUUUCUUCUUGCUACUUCCUGAAUCUGAUUUGAAAUGAUGGAUUCCACGCUGGCAAAGGCAGAGAGAAACUCGUUGGGAUUAUAUAAGAUGAGAAUUCUCCAGCCAACUUCUGGGAUUCUAAAAACAGGGGUGUGACCGGAACACAAAAAGGGCAAAUUGUAUGGAGAAUUGAGCCUGGGCCCUAUUUCAUGGAACCGGAGAUAAAAAUCUGUUUUAAAUACUACCACGGCAUUAGUGGAGCCCUGCGAGCCACGACCCCCUGCAUCACUGUGAAGAACCCAGCUGUGAUGAUGGGGGCAGAAGGCACGGAAGGAGGUGCUUCAGGGAAUCUGCAUUCUCGGAAACUGGUUAGCUUUACAUUGUCAGAUCUUAGGGCAGUUGGGCUAAAGAAAGGGAUGUUCUUCAAUCCUGACCCUUAUCUCAAGAUGUCCAUUCAGCCAGGGAAGAAGAGCAGUUUUCCCACCUGUGCCCACCACGGGCAGGAGAGGAGGUCUACUAUCAUCAGUAACACCACUAAUCCAAUUUGGCACCGAGAGAAAUAUUCCUUUUUUGCACUUCUUACUGAUGUCUUAGAAAUUGAAAUUAAAGACAAAUUUGCCAAGAGCCGUCCUAUCAUCAAGCGUUUCCUGGGAAAACUAACCAUUCCAGUCCAGAGGCUGCUGGAGCGACAAGCCAUCGGUGAUCAAAUGCUCAGCUACAACCUUGGCAGAAGGCUCCCAGCUGACCAUGUGAGUGGGUACCUCCAGUUUAAGGUGGAGGUUACGUCUUCUGUUCACGAAGAUGCUUCUCCAGAAGCCGUUGGCACCAUUCUUGGAGUCAGUACUGUGAAUGGGGACCUAGGAAGCCCUUCUGAUGACGAGGACAUGCCAGGCAGCCAUCACGACGGCCCAGUUUGUGCUAACGGGCCAGUUUCUGAGGAAAGUACUGCUGACGGGACCCCCAAGCAUUCAUUGAGGACUAGCUCCACUCUGGAAAUAGACACAGAGGAUUUAAAUUCUACUUCUUCAAGGACGUCACCUCCCAGAGGACGUCAGGAUUCACUCAAUGAUUACUUAGAUGCUAUUGAACACAACGGCCAUUCCAGGCCGGGGGCAGCGACCUGCUCUGAGAGGUCCAUGGGAGCCUCUCCCAAACUGAGGAGUAGUUUUCCCACAGACACAAGACUCAACGCAAUGCUUCACAUCGACUCAGAUGAAGAAGACCACGAGUUCCAGCAAGACCUGGGUUACCCGUCUUCCUUGGAGGAGGAAGGAGGGCUGAUCAUGUUUAGCAGGGCAUCCAGAACUGACGAUGCGAGCCUGACAUCUCAGACAAAGCCAGAAGACAACCCCAUUGAGAAUGAGGACGCCUCCACACAUGAAGCUGCUUCCCUCCAGGACAAGCCGGAAAAUCUUCCAGAGAUUACAGACAGCUCCUUACCCUCAGGCCCAGCCCCAGAUGAAGGUGAAGGCGGCCCUGAGUCUCAACCCAGUGGGGACCAGGGCAGCACCGAACUGUGUGGCUCUCAGGAGGUGGAUCAGCCCACAAGUGGGGCAGACACGGGGACUUCCGACACGUCAGGAGGAAGCCGCAGGGCCAUCAGUGAGACUGAGUCCCUGGACCAGGGGUCCGAGCCUUCCCAGGUGUCCUCUGAGACAGAACCCAGUGACCCUGCCAGGACAGAGAGCGUGAGCGAAGCCAGCACCAGGCCCGAGGGAGAGAGUGACCUGGAGGGCGCCGACAGCUCCUGCAACGAGAGCGUGACCACGCAGCUGUCCUCGGUGGAGACGCGGUGCUCGUCCCAGGAGAGCGCACGGUUCCCCGAAACCCCAGCCUUUUCUUCUCAGGAGGAGGAAGACGGAGCCUGCGCAGCAGAGCCCGCCGGCGGCAGCCCCGCCGAAGGGUCGCAGGACUCCAUAUGCACCCCGGGUUCUCUGCCUGUGGUGCAGGUGCCCAGUGGGGAGGAGGAGGGGCCGGGGGCGGAAUCAGCCGCUUUACCUGAGCAGGAGGAGCUGGGGGAGGUCUGGCAGCGGAGAGGGAGCCUGGAGGGAGCCGCCGCCGCUGCUGCUGAGAGCCAGCGCCAGGAAGAGGGCGACGGCGAUGCCGAUGCCACCGCGGGUGCCCGAGGCGCCUGUGAAGGGGCCACUGCCCAGGAGGAGGGCGCUACUGGAGGUUCUCAAGCCAACGGCCACCAGCCAUUGCGGUCACUACCUUCAGUGCGCCAAGAUGUUAGCCGGUACCAGAGGGUGGACGAGGCUCUCCCACCAAACUGGGAGGCACGCAUUGACAGCCAUGGUAGAAUCUUCUACGUGGAUCAUGUGAACAGAACCACGACGUGGCAACGGCCAACAGCUCCCCCAGCCCCACAGGUGCUGCAGAGAUCUAACUCCAUACAGCAGAUGGAGCAGCUGAACCGGCGAUAUCAGAGUAUCCGCAGAACCAUGACCAAUGAGAGGCCAGAGGAAAACACCAAUACUCUUGAUGGGGGAGGGGAAGAAGCUGACUUUCACCAAGCCAGUGCAGAUUUCCGACGGGAGAACGUCCUGCCUCACUCUACCUCCAGAUCCAGGCUCACGUUGCUGUUACAGUCUCCCCCCGUGAAGUUCCUCAUCAGCCCAGAGUUCUUCACCGUGCUGCAUUCUAACCCUAGUGCCUACCGCAUGUUUACAAACAACACGUGUUUGAAGCACAUGAUCACCAAAGUCCGGCGGGACACCCACCACUUUGAACGCUACCAGCAUAACCGGGACCUUGUGGGAUUCCUCAACAUGUUUGCGAACAAACAGCUAGAGCUGCCAAGGGGCUGGGAAAUGAAACACGAUCAUCAGGGCAAGGCAUUCUUUGUCGACCACAACUCCCGCACCACCACCUUCAUCGACCCCCGGCUGCCUCUCCAGAGCAGCAGACCCACCAGCGCGCUGGUUCAUCGGCAGCACCUGACGAGGCAACGCAGCCACAGCGCGGGUGAGGUAGGAGAGGAUUCUCGACAUGCAGGACCACCAGUUCUUCCCAGGCCAUCCAGCACGUUCAAUACAGUCAGUAGGCCACAGUACCAGGACAUGGUUCCAGUGGCUUACAAUGACAAGAUUGUUGCAUUUCUGCGUCAACCCAAUAUCUUUGAAAUUCUACAGGAGCGUCAACCUGAUCUUACCAGGAAUCACUCACUCAGGGAGAAGAUCCAAUUUAUCCGAACUGAAGGGACCCCAGGAUUGGUGCGCCUUUCAAGUGAUGCAGACCUUGUUAUGUUGCUGAGUUUAUUUGAAGAAGAGAUAAUGUCAUAUGUGCCUCCACAUGCCUUACUCCACCCCAGCUACUGUCAGUCCCCACGUGGCUCCCCCGUGUCGUCUCCUCAGAACUCGCCAGGUACUCAGCGUGCCAAUGCCAGGGCUCCAGCCCCUUACAAGCGAGAUUUUGAAGCCAAACUAAGGAACUUUUACAGGAAGUUAGAGACUAAAGGAUAUGGACAAGGCCCAGGGAAAUUAAAGUUGAUUAUUCGAAGAGAUCACUUACUAGAAGAUGCUUUUAAUCAGAUUAUGGGCUACUCCAGAAAAGAUCUGCAGAGAAACAAGCUAUAUGUCACCUUUGUUGGGGAGGAAGGGCUGGAUUACAGUGGACCUUCCAGAGAGUUUUUCUUCCUGGUAUCCAGAGAACUCUUUAACCCAUAUUAUGGCUUAUUUGAGUAUUCAGCCAAUGACACAUACACAGUACAAAUAAGUCCCAUGUCUGCUUUUGUAGACAAUCACCAUGAAUGGUUCCGGUUCAGUGGUAGGAUCCUUGGUCUUGCACUAAUACACCAGUAUUUGUUGGAUGCCUUCUUCACACGGCCCUUUUAUAAGGCUCUUCUGAGAAUUCUGUGUGACCUGAGUGAUCUAGAAUACCUUGAUGAAGAAUUCCACCAGAGCCUGCAGUGGAUGAAAGACAAUGAUAUCCAUGACAUCCUAGACCUCACGUUCACUGUGAACGAAGAAGUUUUUGGGCAGAUUACCGAACGAGAAUUAAAGCCAGGGGGUGCCAAUAUCCCGGUCACGGAGAAGAACAAGAAGGAGUACAUUGAGAGGAUGGUGAAGUGGAGGAUUGAGAGGGGUGUUGUACAACAAACAGAGAGCUUAGUGCGCGGCUUCUAUGAGGUGGUGGAUGCCAGGCUGGUAUCUGUCUUUGAUGCAAGAGAACUAGAACUGGUCAUUGCAGGCACAGCUGAAAUAGACCUAAGUGACUGGAGAAACAACACAGAAUAUAGAGGAGGAUACCAUGACAAUCAUAUUGUAAUUCGGUGGUUCUGGGCUGCAGUGGAAAGAUUCAACAAUGAACAACGACUAAGGUUGUUACAGUUUGUUACAGGCACAUCCAGCAUUCCCUAUGAAGGAUUUGCUUCUCUCCGAGGGAGUAACGGCCCAAGAAGAUUCUGUGUGGAGAAGUGGGGGAAAAUCACUGCUCUUCCCAGAGCUCAUACUUGUUUUAACCGUCUGGAUCUGCCCCCAUACCCAUCCUUUUCCAUGCUUUAUGAAAAACUCUUGACAGCAGUUGAGGAGACCAGUACCUUUGGACUUGAAUGAACUGGAAGCACAAUGCCCAGCCCUUUGUGGACAGGCAAUUUCAGAUGCUGCCUUCUGGAAGAAUGACUGAACACUGGAAGUUUCAAGAGUUUGCUUCCUUUAGGGUAACGCUGAGUGCUGUUAUUUUCCAGGAACACGUGCUCUGUCACAUUUGGGGGACUGGUGAUGAGUCCUCUUGGAAGGAUUGGGUGAGCUUGAUGCCCAGGGAACAACCCAAUAGUCUUUCAAUCAACAGUUCUUGACUGCCAAACUUUUUCCAUUUGUUAUGUUCCAAGACAGAGAUGAACCUGUAUAUGAUCAGCUCCAUGGUAAUUUCUAGGGACUCAGGAGAAUCUUGAAACUUACUCUUGAAUGUGGUUCAAGCCAAACUGGCAGCACUUGGCCCAAUCUCCAAAUUAGUGCAAGUUAAAUAAUAUAAUAAAAACAAAUAUAUUUCCUGAAAGUAUAUUCAUUUAAGCCCUAAGUUAUAACAGAAUAUUCGUUUCUUGCUUAUGAGUGCCUGCAUGGUGUGCACCAUAGGUUUCAGCUUUCAUGGGACAUGAGUGAAAAUGAAACCAAGUCAAUAUGAGGUAACUUUAAAGAUUUGCAAUAAGGUGGUCUGUGACAAUGUAUAUGCAAGUGGUAUGUGUGUAAUUAUGGCUGAAGACAAACCGUUAUUCAAUGAAUUACUAAUGACAGAUUUUAUGCUUUAUAAUGCAUGAAAACAAUUUUAAAAUAACUAGCAAUUAAUCACAGCAUAUCAGGAAAAAGUACACAGUGAGUUCUGUUUAUUUUUUAUAGGUUCAUUAUAUUUAUGUUCUUUAAGAUGUAUAUAAGAACCUACCUAUCAUGCUGUAUGUAUCACCUGUUCCAUUGUCAUGUUCCAUGCUUACUCGGGCAUCAUGCUAGUAUGCAUCCAUUUAAGCACUCUCAAGGGAACAAAAGGGCCUUUUAUUUUUAUAAAGGUUAAAACAAAAUCCCCAAAAUAUUUUGCACUGAAUGUACCAAAGUUGAAGGGACAUUACUAUAUGACUAACAGCAACUCCAUCACUUGACAAGUACAAUAGAAAAUAGCUUCUAAAUCAGACUUCCUUCACAGUGCCGUGUCUACCACUACAAGGACUGUGCAUCUGAGUAAUAAUUUUUUAAGACUCACUAUAUGUGAUAGUAUGAUAUGCAUUUAUUUAAAAUGCAUUAGAUUCUCUUCCAUCCAUCAAAUACUUUAUAGGAUGGCAUUUAAUACAGAUAUUUCGUAUUUCCCCCACUGCUUUUUAUUUGUACAGCAUCAUUAAACACUAAGCUCAGUUAAGGAGCCAUCAGCAACACUGAAAAGAUCAGCUCUCUUUAGUAAUAAGAAUUCCAUUUUCCCUCAUCAAUGAAGACAUCACGAAUUGAAACUCUCAGUACUAUAUUUCUAAGCCUGCAUUUUCACUGAUGCAUAAUUUUCUUAUUAAGAAACAGUUUUUCUAUGGUAACUCCAAAACUGCAUGAUAUCAUUCAUCUUAUUUCUUCUUAAUUUUUAUGAGAGGGUGUCCUUCAUCUUAAUUGCUUUUGGGAUUACUCCACAUCAUUGUUUAUUUCUUGACUUAUGGCCAUAAAUAAUCAGACAUUCAAUAGAGUGAAGUUAAAUUGAGGAUGAUAAAAGCGUUGGAUUAACAUUUGGUUUGCCAGCCUAUGGGUUUACAGGCAUUCCCCAAAUAUUUCUUUGAGACUUACAUUUGUAAGCAGCCAUGGAAUUCCUGUUAUGGGAUGUUGGCAGUCUUGUAUUUUAUAGAGGUUAUAUGCAUAGUUUUCAUAGGUGUUUCAUGAGAACUGAUUGCUCUCCUGUUGGUUAAGCUGUGUUUACUAUUGGAAGCCUCAAAAGGAAUAGCACUCAUGUUGCAUUCCUGCACUAGAAGCAGGUACUGCAAUGUGGGGAGAUGUUCUGAGAAAAGGUUAUAUUAGAAAAUAUAUAAUAGAAAUCUGGACACAAGAAAGGAAGAUUUAUCUGUAUACAAUAAUUGGACCAGAAAAAAGGGAAAAGAAAAAAAAAUUUAACUGGAAAUGUCAGUUUGUACUUAUUGAUCAUGAAUACAAGUAUAUAUUUAAUUUUGCAAAC